GUGAGAAUCGGUUUAUAAAAGGUUUUAAAACCAAACCGUGCACAGAUAGUUUUGUUUGUUGUGUUGUUAAGAGCCGCCACCACCACCUGCUUCUCUCUCUCUCUUUAACUCUCUCUAAACCCAUGGAUUCCGUUCGGCUUCCAACGGCGCCAUCCACUCUCCGUAGCCACAUUCCCCUGCCAUCAAAACCAGUGAUCGGAAUCACUCACUUCAACCGUUCUCGGAUCCCAGUAGCGGUUAUGUCACGAGACGAAACAUCUAUGGCUCCGCCGCCUCCCAAGGCUCCUUUGCCACGUCUUAAGGUCUCUCCUAAUUCGUUGCAAUACCCAGCCGGUUACCUCGGUGCGGUACCAGAACGUACGAAUGAGCCUGAGAACGGUAGUAUCGUCGAAGCUAUGGAGUAUUUGACGAAUAUACUGUCUACUAAGGUUUACGACAUCGCCAUUGAGUCACCACUUCAAUUGGCUAAGAAGCUAUCUAAGAGAUUAGGUGUUCGUAUGUAUCUUAAAAGAGAAGACUUGCAACCUGUAUUCUCGUUUAAGCUUCGUGGAGCUUACAAUAUGAUGGUGAAACUUCCAGCAGAUCAAUUGGCAAAAGGAGUUAUCUGCUCUUCAGCUGGAAACCAUGCUCAAGGAGUUGCCUUAUCUGCUAGUAAACUCGGCUGCACUGCUGUGAUUGUUAUGCCUGUUACAACUCCAGAGAUUAAGUGGCAAGCUGUAGAGAAUUUGGGUGCAACGGUUGUUCUUUUCGGGGAUUCGUAUGAUCAAGCACAAGCACAUGCUAAGAUACGAGCUGAAGAAGAGGGUCUGACGUUUAUACCACCUUUUGAUCACCCGGAUGUUAUUGCUGGACAAGGGACUGUCGGGAUGGAAAUCACUCGUCAGGCUAAGGGUCCAUUGCAUGCUAUAUUUGUGCCAGUUGGUGGUGGUGGUUUAAUAGCUGGUAUUGCUGCUUAUGUGAAGAGGGUUGCUCCCGAGGUGAAGAUCAUUGGUGUAGAACCAGCCGAUGCAAAUGCAAUGGCGUUGUCGCUGCAUCACGGUGAGAGGGUGAUAUUGGACCAGGUUGGGGGAUUUGCAGAUGGUGUAGCAGUUAAAGAAGUUGGUGAAGAGACUUUUCGUAUAAGCAGAAAUCUAAUGGAUGGUGUUGUUCUUGUCACUCGUGAUGCUAUUUGUGCAUCAAUAAAGGAUAUGUUUGAGGAGAAACGGAACAUAUUGGAACCAGCAGGGGCUCUUGCGCUCGCUGGAGCUGAGGCAUACUGUAAAUAUUAUGGCCUAAAGGACGUGAAUGUAGUAGCCAUAACCAGUGGUGCUAACAUGAACUUUGACAAGCUAAGGAUUGUGACAGAACUCGCCAAUGUCGGUAGGCAACAGGAGGCUGUUCUUGCUACACUCAUGCCGGAAAAACCUGGAAGCUUUAAGCAAUUCUGUGAGCUGGUUGGACCAAUGAACAUAACCGAGUUCAAAUAUAGAUGUAACUCGGAAAAGGAGGCUGUUGUACUAUACAGUGUCGGAGUUCACACAGCCGGAGAGCUCAAAGCACUACAGAAGAGAAUGGAAUCUUCUCAACUCAGAACUGUCAAUCUCACAACCAGUGACUUAGUGAAAGAUCACCUGCGUUACUUGAUGGGAGGAAGAUCUACUGUUGGAGACGAGGUUCUAUGCCGAUUCACCUUCCCCGAGAGGCCUGGUGCUCUAAUGAACUUCUUGGACUCUUUCAGUCCACGGUGGAACAUCACCCUUUUCCAUUACCGUGGACAGGGUGAGACGGGCGCGAAUGUGCUGGUCGGGAUCCAAGUCCCUGAGCAAGAAAUGGAGGAAUUUAAAAACCGAGCUAAAGCUCUUGGAUACGACUACUUCUUGGUAGAAGAAGAACCCAUCAGAGUCUUCCUUCUGAUCUUGGUUGUUCUUGAGCUUCUUUUGUCUGUUUUCUCUCGGAGUUUGAUGGAAUCGAAUGUGAUGUUCUCUGGGUUUAGCCCAAGAAUGUUGAGCUUAGAAAUGCCGCAAAAUCCACAAAAUUCAGUUCAAUUUCAGCAUCCGCAUCCUUACACCACCACCGGCGACCAACCAACUCAGCCGCCGAUGAAACCCUUAUACCCAUACGCCUCAAAACCCAAACAAUUGUCACCCAUAAGCGGCGGUGGCGGCGACGACGAAGAUCGCGGUUCGGGUUCCGGAUCCGGUUGCAACCCUGAAGACAGCGCGGGAACCGACGGGAAGAGGAAAUUGUCACAAUGGCAUAGAAUGAAAUGGACGGAUACAAUGGUUCGUCUUUUGAUCAUGGCGGUUUUCUACAUCGGCGACGAAGCUGGUUUAAACGAUCCAAUCGACGCCAAGAAAAAGACCGGCGGUGGCGGUGGUAGCGGCGGAGGAGGGAUGUUGCAGAAGAAAGGGAAGUGGAAAUCUGUGUCGAGAGCUAUGGUGGAGAAAGGUUUCUCUGUGUCGCCACAACAAUGUGAAGACAAGUUUAAUGAUUUGAACAAGAGGUACAAGAGAGUUAACGACAUUCUUGGUAAAGGAAUCGCUUGUCGUGUCGUGGAGAAUCAAGGAUUGUUAGAGAGUAUGGAUCAUUUGACUGCGAAGUUGAAACAUGAAGUCAAGAAGUUGCUUAAUUCUAAGCAUCUUUUCUUUAGAGAGAUGUGUGCUUAUCAUAAUAGUUGUGGUCAUCUUGGUGGUCAUGACCAACCACCGCAACAGAAUCCGAUUUCGAUUCCGAGUCAGCAGAACUGUUUUCACGCGGCGGAAGCAGGGAAAAUGGCGAGAAUUGCGGAGCGUGUGGAGGUGGAGGAGGAAGUAGAGUCUGAUAUGGCGGGGGAUUCGGAAUCGGAGAUGGAGGAAUCAGAGGAGGAGGUGGAGGAAGAUACGAGGAAGAAGCAGAGGAUAUCAACGGCGGUGAAGCGGCUGAGGGAAGAAGCGACGCGUGUAGUGGAAGAUGUUGGGAAGAGCAUGUGGGAGAAGAAAGAGUGGAUGAAGAGAAAGAUGUUGGAGAUUGAGGAGAAGAAGAUUGGGUAUGAGUGGGAAGCAGUGGAGAUGGAGAAGCAGAGAGUGAAGUGGAUGAGAUAUAGGAGCAAGAAGGAGAGAGAGAUGGAGAAGGCUAAGCUUGACAAUCAGCGACGGAGGCUUGAGACGGAGAGGAUGGUUCUGAAUUUACGGCGGAGUGAGAUUGAGUUGAAUGAGUUACAGUCUUCGGGUAAACGGGCUGACCCGAGUUCCGCUAAGGGGUGAUGGUGAUUAGUGUUUCAAAGUUUCAGCAUUUUAGUGUUUAGGAUUAGAAAUUUUAGAAAUUUGUAGUUUCUAAUGUGGAGGAUGCUAGGAUUCUCACGUUUUGGGACAGUAAUCAGCAAAUUAAAAUCUUUAAAAGUAU